CGAUCCAACAUUCUGCUGCUACAUGGGGUUCCAGAGGCUCAGGACGAGGUAGUCGUCGAAACAGUGACAAGUAUUUGCCAGGAUAAACUUCAAUUGCAAGGUAUAUCGGAGUCCUCCUUUAUAGUCUGCCAUCGUCUUGGGAAGAGUAUGUCCAAAAAGAAACCCAGGGCAGUUCUGAUUAAAUUUGUCUGUCUGCGCACUCGGAAUGCUGUCUGGUCAGCAAAGAAACUGCUCAAGGGGUCAGGCUACACAGUCUCUGAGUUCCUCACUGGUGCCCGGCAUGCAGUCUUUGUUGAAGCCAGGCGAGUAUAUGGGGUCAAGGGCAGCUGGACCAGCGAUGGAAAGAGAGUUGUAGUGUGCCCGGAUGGUUCGCGGCGUAAAAUCACGACGCUGGCUGAGUUACAGGCAUUGCCAACGCCUUCAGGGGUGGCGGCCAGCUCCGAGCAGUCUCAGGAGCGGCCUGGUGUGCCACCGCAAUCGUCUGCCGCAGGGGCGACUCCAGCUGGCGGUGCGUCGGCGCAGGUACUCCCCCGCCCCAACUGGGCCGCAAGGAAAAAUCCCGCUGACCUAUGGUCCCGAUAGUUUAUGUUUAGUUGUAAUACUUAUUUUAGUUACCGUAUCUCAUUAUUAUAAUGGCUGAAACUUUAAUGUACCUUGCUUUAUCUUAUGUACAGUUUAAUUUCAUCCUCUACCGACAUUCUUUAUUUUUAAUUGACAAUAUUUGUACCCAAUUGCCAACUAUAGACAAAA